AGAAAGAUUCGCAGCUAGACUUCUCCCGCUCGAUUCACUACCGUUUCACUCUUGCCUGCCACCAUGGCCCGGGAACGGGAGUCUCUCCUCCAGAACAGCAAUGCCGCCGCGACCAAGGGCUCCGACGCUCUGCUGCCAUCCCUGGCCAGGUCCGUGCUCAAGUUCCUGAUGUGGGCGGUGUUCCUCACCUGGGCCGCCGGGAUAUUCUUCUACCCCACCAAGCCCGCGCAGGCGGUGUUGGGGCAGUUGACAGGGGGCACCAAGCAGUCUGUGAUCGGCACCACCGACGGAGUUUUUCUAGCCUUCAGCGCGCCGAUUCUGAUCGUUGCAGCUCUAGCCUAUGUGUACAUCUCUGCCUUUCCGGGUGAUCACCUCGAAAAGAAGAAGCUGAGAUCACUGAGUUUCCGUCUCUGGACUUUUCCUGUUCUCGUCGAUGGUCUGUUUGGGGUUGUCUCCGCAGCUGAAUUCAUCGGGAUUGUCCUGUUUAUCCUUUACCUUGUCUUCUCGAUGACCUACUAUAUGCUGGAUAGCGUGAGCUUCGGCUCAUCGUUUCAUGUGCCGGUGGCUAAAAGCUGUGAGUUGAUACUGUCUGUAAUGGGUAUUCGUUUUGGGAUAGUUGGAUUGUUCUGCAUGAGCUUCCUGUUCCUGCCUGUCUCAAGGGGUUCAGUUCUUCUCCGGCUCAUCGAUAUUCCAUUUGAGCAUGCUACUAGAUACCAUGUCUGGCUGGGGCAUCUUACAAUGGCUCUCUUUACACUGCAUGGUUUGUGCUAUGUGAUCUCAUGGUCUUUUGCGGGGCGCCUAAUUGAAGAAAUGAUCCGAUGGAAGGAAAUCGGAGUAGCAAACUUAGCAGGUGUGAUCAGCUUGGCAGCUGGUUUGCUGAUGUGGAUGACAUCGCUUCACCCAGUAAGGCAGAGGUUCUUCGAGCUCUUCUUCUACACCCACCAGCUCUAUGUUGUCUUCGUCGUGUUCCUAGUGCUCCACGUUGGCGACUCCGUUUUCAGCAUCGCGGCCGGCUCCGUCUUCCUAUUCAUGCUCGACCGCUUCCUGAGGUUCUGGCAAUCCAGGGCCAAAGUAGACAUCGUUUCUGCCGCCUGCCGCCCCUGUGGGACUAUGGAGCUAGUCUUCUCAAAGCCAGCAAGUCUCCGGUACAAUGCUCUCAGCUUCAUCUUUGUUCAAGUGCGCGAGCUGUCCUUCUUGCAGUGGCACCCGUUCAGUGUAUCCUCCAGCCCCAUGGAUGGGAGGUACCACAUCUCGAUCGUCAUAAAAGCUCUUGGCACAUGGACUGACAAGCUGAAGAGCAUCAUCACCGAUGUCGAGGAGAAGAAGACCAGGAGCGACUGCGACUCUGAUCAGUCACAACGCAUAACCGCCUCCAUCGAAGGGCCGUAUGGGCACGAAUCACCCUACCACCUGAUGUACGAAAAUCUCAUCCUGGUGGCAGGAGGAAUCGGCAUAUCGCCGUUCCUGGCGAUUUUGAGCGACAUAGUCCACAGGGUCGAGCAAGGUAUGCCAUGCGAGCCGAGGAAUGUGCUUGUCCUGUGGUCAGUUAAGAAGUCAACGGAGCUUUCUCUCCUGUCGGCCGUUGAUGCUCAGUCCAUCAGCUCAUCCGUCUCUGACAAGUUGCAUCUGAACAUCCAGGCCUUUGUGACACAGGAAAUCGAGCCUCCAUUGGAAGACGGCAUUGUUGAGGGUGACCAGAAGAUCCCCGGCAUAUUCGUCAAGAACGGGGCGGCCAUGUCCGGGCUGGUAGGCACCGGAGACAACUUCUGGGCAGCAAUGUACUUCGCCGCGUCCACCCUGGGCGCCGUGCUUGCAUACGCGCUGGUGCAGGUGUACUACGUGAAGCGCUUCAACGUGUACGCCUGGUGGCACCUGGGCCUCCUGCUCCUGCUGUGCAUGGUCGCCGGUGUCGCCCUCCCUGGAGGGCUCGUCGUCCUCCUCUGGCACCUCUCGGAGAAGCGGAGGAUGCAGGACGACAGGUGGGAAGCCGACGCCGGCGCCAGCUUGGACAGUGCCGAACGGACAAGGAACGGGGUUGGUGGUGCCGACGCCGCCUCCAAGGCUAGUCUCGCCAACCUGCAAACGACGCGGUACGGGUGCCGUCCAAAGUUCCAAGUGGAAUUCGCGGCGUUUGCGGAGCGGAUCGGGGGCGCAGCGGUGGACGUGGGCGUGCUGGUAUGCGGGCCGUCGGGGCUGCAGACCAGCGUGGCCAGGGAGUGCAGGUCACAGAACCUUCACCGAGGUGGCGGGAAGAGCAGCGCCGUGUUCCAUUUCAACAGCCACAGCUUCGAUUUUUAAGGCGCUUUUGCCCAACCUAGCUAGCUAGCUACUAGUCAGUACAUAGUACAUACUGAUAGUGAUAGUGCACACCGGUUUUCUACACAACUGUAAUUAUGCUGCCCCGUAUAGCUGAUAAUUUGUACAUAUGAGCCAGACGAGUACUGCCAGCCAUGUUGGCGGUGAACGCGCGGCGUUUUUAGGGCACUAGUAAAUUUGCACAUUUCAAUGCACUAGUAAAUUGGCGGUGAUAUAACUUACAUGAAUUAAUUCCUUCGUCCAAA